GUAUAUUUCCGAGGAAAAUAUUCAGAGAGCAAAAAAAAAAAGUUUAUUUUGCUUUGCUUCUCUGGACAUUCGAACUUUGGAAUGUGAAAAUGAAGAUGAAAUCUUUGAGCAGUGUAGGGGUUGGUUUGAGCGUAGUUUUUGGGUGUCUUUUGUUAGCUUUGGUUGCUGAAAUAUAUUACUUGUUAUGGUGGAAGAACAGGUUAAGAACAAACUCAGAUCUAGAAAAUGGUUUCAAAAACCCAGAGAUUAGAUUUGCAGAAGAACAACAAUGCCAUCAUCAUCAGCAACAGAACAAGGAUAUGAAGUUGAAGCCUUUGAACGGGGACCAUGGGAAUGGGAACGAUGAGCAGCAACCUGGGUUUCUCUUCACAAUCGUUGAAGAGACAAUGGAGGAUUUGGAGUGUCUUGAGACCCCAUAUUUAACCCCUUUUGCUUCUCCACCGUUUUUUACUCCCCCGCUAACUCCGAUCGAUGCUUGUUUCGCUCUCCAAUUCGGAUUCAACCCUUUGUUUGAAUCACGGAAUGAUGUAGAUUUCGAUAGGUUAAGUCCAUCAUCUUCGCCGAGGUUGAAGUUCUUGAAAGAAGCUGAACUGAAGCUUCACAGGGAAACACUGAUGGAAGAUGUUCACAAAAAUGGCGGAUUGAAGCUUUCUUCAGGUUAUCUCGGAGAUGAAGAAGAUGGAUCUUUCGUCACAAUCAUCGUUGAUAAGAACAGAGGAGAAGUGUUUAACCACAUUCAUCAACACCAAAUUCGAACUUCUUUCUCAGGUACUUCGUCUUAGUUAAAGUUAGCAAUUCAUGUGUUCUCGUCUUGUUUAUAAAUUUUAUCGAAUCAUAAUCAAG